AUGGAAGGGACUGAUCGCUCUGAAAAAAAUGUAAUUGAAAAUGCCAUCCAGGAGUUUCAGCGGAAGACGUGUGUACACUUUAUUCCAAGAAUUCGGGAGCUGGAUUACAUCAACUUUCAGGCACUGGAUGGGAGCUGGUCGUUUCUGGGCAAGAAGGGAGGGGCUCAGUCUGUGUCGCUGGAGCCCGGCAAGGUGACCAAGGGCACGGUUCUGCACGAGUUGAUGCACGCGCUCGGCUUCCACCACGAGCACUGCCGCAGCGACCGUGACCAGCACAUCAAGGUCCACGAGGACAACGUCGAGGAAGCUGAUCUCUGUCAGUUCAAGCGGCUGGAGUCCAGUGACCGAGUCUACGGGCUGCCCUAUGACUUUGACUCCAUCUUGCAUUACAGCAGGUGA